AUGGCUGCAGCAAAUCAAUCAACCGACAAAACCUCAGAUACAACUCCUGUCAACGAGUUGCCAGUAACUUCGGCUCUAUCCGUAUCUGAACCACAACAAGCCCUACCACGACUUCCCCAACCAAAUAUUAUCCCGGCAGAGGAGGACAAGGUGGACGCAAUGAACAACAAGGAGAAUAAGGAAUGGAGACUCAAACCAAAGAAGAACCCUGAAUCAGGCGCAGCUGAGAAGAGUGAAUCGCAACAACGCCCAUCCAACAUCCCUAACCCCAUAGCCACCAUGAGACCUGUCUCCCCUCUUAAUUCUCUCCACUCGACUCGACCAUCCGCAUCUCCACAUCGUGCUAGAAAUCCCUAUAUAUCUCCGUCAUCUCCUAAUCGCGGAUUUCGUUCUGCUUCUCCGCGCCUGCACUCCCCUGCUUCCUCGCAAAUUUUCGAACGGAAUGUCCAGGAAGAUUUUGCUCCAGCGCAAGCCUCACCAUCUAUACCCUCACAUAUCAUGACAGAAAACCAUAUCCCCCCUAUCCUUGGUGCCUCAUCUGCUGCUUUAACCGACAAGCAUCUUGAUCCAGACUCCGUCGAAAUCAUUACCCAUAACUUCCACCAGCCAGCGUCACUCAGCGUGACAGGUGGCCAACUUGAACACUCGAUGACGUCGUCUUGGCAUGACGAUCUCAACCCACAUAUACCCCCAGACGUAGAAGAUUCGGUUUCAAACUACGGCGCCUUGGACUCAUCCGACGUCCAGCGCCUAAGUUUCGUAUCAUUCGCUGACGUCGUCAACGGCGAACAUGCCGAAACAGACCAUGCCUCAAACCGCGAUUCUAUGUACAUGGCAGGUCUGUCGACCAACGCCGCGUUGUUCGCCACGCAGAAUCGCUCUCCAUCCCCAAUACGCUCUCCGGUCUCGUCCCAUGGCUUCGGUACGUCACCGCCAACAAGCGUAUCGCCUUCUACAAAGGGUUUGGACAACUCCCCCAAUUGCGGGACCCGAGUUGCGGGGAGCCCCCGGCUCUGCGGCCAUAGCCCCCCUCCCGGCACCUUUGGGGGUGAGUUAAGUGUCGAAACCAUGCGGCAGGCCCUCCGGCGGACUGGCUCCGGCGAUUUUGGUGGAUUCCGCAGUCAACCCAUGAGCGCUGUUGGAAAUGAUGAUGGGACAUAUGAUCGCCCUUUCAAAUAG